GGCCGGCUCGGCAGGGAGCGCGGACGCCCCCACCCUCCCAGGUGGGCCCCGUUGAAUGGGGGGCUUGUGCGAGGGCCCGCGGGGCGGGGGCUGGCGGCGGCCCAGCGCCAGCCCCGCCUGCCGAGCCAGCCAGCUCGAGGCCGGUGCUGCCCCGACGCCGCUCAGAGCUCAGAGCGUGAGUGCAGCCAUGGCCCGCGCCCCCACGCUGGCCCUGCUCCUGCUCGGGCAGCUCCUGGCUGCCACCGUGACUGUGACCCAGGCGCAGAAAGCGGGACCGCGAGGCCCCCCUGGCCCCCAAGGGCCCCCUGGGAAGCCGGGCAAGGACGGCAUUGAUGGAGAAGUUGGUCCUCCGGGGCUGCCUGGACCCUCGGGACCAAAAGGGGCCCUGGGGAAGCCAGGGAAGCCAGGAGAGGCCGGGCUGCCGGGACUGCCUGGUGUGGACGGUCUGACUGGGCAGGAUGGACCCCCUGGACCCAAGGGCGCGCCUGGAGAACGGGGAAGCCUGGGACCCCCGGGACCACCUGGGCUGGGGGGCAAAGGCCUCCCUGGACCCCCCGGAGAGGCAGGGGUGAGCGGCCCCCCAGGUGGGAUCGGCCUCCGGGGCCCCCCGGGACCCUCCGGACUCCCAGGCCUUCCUGGCCCCCCAGGCCCCCCGGGACCCCCUGGUCACCCAGGGGUCCUCCCCGAAGGCGCUACAGACCUUCAGUGCCCAGCCAUCUGUCCGCCAGGCCCCCCGGGGCCCCCGGGAAUGCCCGGGUUCAAGGGACCCACCGGCUACAAAGGGGAGCAAGGAGAAGUUGGCAAGGAUGGCGAGAAGGGUGACCCGGGCCCCCCUGGGCCCCCUGGCAUCCCGGGCACCGUGGGGCUGCAGGGUCCGCGGGGGCUGCGAGGACUUCCAGGGCCACUUGGACCCUCUGGGGACCGGGGUCCCAUCGGGUUCCGAGGGCCCCCCGGAAUCCCAGGAGCCCCUGGGAAAGUGGGUGACAGAGGCGAGAGGGGCCCAGAGGGGGUCCGUGGCCCCAAGGGUGACCUCGGCAGACCUGGGCCCAAAGGCGUCCCUGGCAUGGCCGGGCUGGGCGGAGAGCCGGGCAUGCCAGGGAAGGACGGCCGGGACGGCGUGCCAGGCCUCGACGGUGAGAAGGGAGAAGCUGGACGCAGCGGUGCCCCAGGAGAAAAGGGACCCGACGGGCUGCCGGGUCUCCCUGGCCGAGCAGGGUCCAAGGGUGAGAAAGGAGAACUGGGCCGAGCUGGAGAGCUGGGCGAGGCUGGCCCCUCAGGAGAGCCCGGCGUCCCCGGAGAUGUGGGCGCCCCCGGGGAGCGCGGCGAGGCUGGCCACAGGGGCUCGGCGGGGGCACUGGGCCCACAAGGUCCCCCUGGGGCACCUGGUGUCCGAGGCUUCCAGGGCCAGAAGGGCAGUGCAGGAGCCCCCGGCCUGCCCGGCCCCCAGGGCCUCCGAGGUGGCGUGGGCGACCGGGGCCCCGGAGGAGCCACAGGCCCGAAGGGCGACCAGGGCAUCGCGGGCUCCGACGGCCUUCCUGGGGACAAAGGAGAGCUGGGUCCCAGCGGCCCUGUUGGGCCCAAAGGAGAGGCUGGCAGUCGAGGGGAGCUAGGCCCCAAAGGCAUCCAGGGCCCCAACGGCACCAGCGGCGUAGACGGCCUCCCUGGCCCCCCGGGCCCCCCGGGCCUGCAGGGCGUACGCGGCAUGCCCGGCAUCACGGGAAAGCCCGGAGUCCCGGGGAAAGAGGCCAGUGAGCAGCACAUCCGGGAGCUGUGUGGGGGGGUGAUCAGCGAGCAAAUUGCCCAGCUGGCUGCUCACCUGAGGAAGCCCCUGGCCCCAGGCUCCAUCGGCCGGCCUGGUCCCGCGGGGCCCCCGGGCCCCCCUGGCCCCCCAGGCUCCAUGGGCCACCCUGGUGCCCGAGGGCCCCCCGGAUAUCGCGGUCCCACCGGAGAGCUGGGAGACCCCGGACCCAGAGGAAGCCAGGGGGACAGAGGAGACAAAGGCUCGGCCGGCGAGGGUCUGGACGGGCCUGACGGAGAUCAAGGGCUCCAAGGACCACAGGGCGUGCCCGGCGUGAGCAAGGACGGCCGCGACGGGGCGCACGGCGAGCCCGGGUUCCCUGGUGAUCCCGGCCGGCCCGGGGCUGUCGGAGCCCAGGGCCCCCCUGGCAUCUGCGACACGGCCGCCUGCCAAGGAGCCGUGAUGGGAGGGGGCGGGGAAAAAUCGGGUCCCAGGAGCUCCUAAAGGCGACUUCGGGAGAAGGUGACGCCAAGUGAAGCAGCCGCCCCCGGGCCCGGCCUGGAAGGUGGGCCCCACCGCACCGGCUGGCCUGCCCCACCUGCCCUUCCACGUCCUCGGGGCAGCGACGGGACACGGGCCCCCAGAGCGUCGUGCCUCGAGCUGUUCUGUCCACGUGCUUCUACAACGGCCCCCUCGGCGACCGCCGGACCUCGGACACAGGCCUGGGUAAUGAAGGCUCGACCCGACGCGGGAGCGGGAGCGGGCUGUGCUGCCGAAGCCUCUGUGAUCCCGUGAGAAAAAAACUAUGCGACAACUUGUUUCCAGAACAUUCCUGUAAAGACUGAGACCUGAUUUCAAUAAAAUGAUACAUGACACCUCCAGAUUAAUGCCUGGCCACAGUGCUGCCAAAACACAGAAUCUCAGGCACAGUAGUCCUUCCACAGGAGGGCCUCGUCCGCCUGUCCUGCGUUCGCGUCACACCCUGCCCCCGACGGGCGGGCCGUACCGCUGGCGGCUGCGCUGCACUGAGGACACUGGACGGGUGUCCUCUCACCAUCAAUAAAGCCACUCGCGUGCAAAACUCCGUUCCAAACACCACAGUUUAUUACACAAAGUAAUGAGUCUCAGUGCGAAAGUGAGGACAGUGAGGAGGCCACUGGGACAAUGUGUCAUUUAUGGACAAAAGUACCUUUAAAGGAAGUCUCUGGAAAAUUUCUAGCAAAGCGGUUGAACAUAGGACCGCGUUUGACAACGCAGUUCUACGCGGCCGGAGGUCAUUACAAGGGGAAGCGGUGAACAAAGGAGAGAAAAUUUCCAAACUACUUACAGUUGGGACAAGUUAACUUGUUCCAGUUGCUAACGGGGCCUAUUUAAAAUGUAAAUAAAAUAAGUAAAAAGCCA